AUGACUGGUGAUGACACAUCGAGUGGUAGUGAUGAUGUUCUUCACGCCGAAAGGGUCAAUCGUGAUGGUGAUGAGCUGAUAGAUAGCUACCUAAUACCACAUGAUGCACAACUGAAUAAGAAAAUCGAGCCUUUUCAGGUGGAAGUUGAGACCCCUAGGGUGCCCACCCGUAAUGCUACUGGGGAAGAGGAGGAGACAGCGGCAAGAUAUGCCCAUGACGGUGGUUCCCCAAACUCCGCCUCGGAAAGGAUAUCAUCUGAUGGCAGGACGUCAUUCCCGUCUGCUGUUAACCUAUGCAAGAAGAAGCAAAUGCUACGUUUAGGCACCUGGAAUGUGAGAACAAUGAACCAGUUAGGAAAGCUGGAACUCCUGAUAAAGGAACUAAAGAAUAUGAAAUUGAACAUAGUUGAACUAAGCGAAACCAGAUGGAAAGGGGAAGGAGUACUCAAACCAGACAGAGACACCACUAUUGUCUUCUCAGGAAAGGAUAGCGGCAAAAGUGAAAGUGGUGUAGCCAUCUUACUCACAAAUGAAGCCAGAAAUGCACUUGAUGCAUACACUCCAGUAUCAGAGAGAAUUGUGAUGGUUAGAUUGAUAGCAAAAUCAAAACACCUCACCAUCAUCCAGGUCUAUACUCCCACAUCAACACAUGACAUGAACACUAUAGAACAGUUUUAUGGACUACUACACACAACUGUGGAUAAAGUUAACAAUGGUGACACACUAGUAAUCAUGGGAGACUUCAAUGCUAAGGUUUGGAAAAGGUGA